UGGAACUCCGGGUGCUGUUGCACAAUCGACGUUUAUCAUGGCUGAAGUUUUCGGUGUUGUCACUGGUGCCUUGAGCGUUGCUGCUCUUUUCAACAACUGCGUGGAUUGUUUCGAAUACAUCCAGCUGGGCCGCCGUUUCGGGCGUGACUACCAGAGAUGCCAACUCAAGCUGGACGUGGCCCGGACGCGCCUCAGCAGAUGGGGCGAAGCGGUCGAUGUCAGCAAGGAUGCCACUUUUAGCACGAAUACGCCCGUCGAGCAGCCAGUCCAGCUCGCACAGUCGAUCCUAGAAGAGAUCAUGGACCUCUUCCAGGCAGCAAACAAAACGUCCCGUCGAUACGAGAAGACCGCAAAGCCAGAGGAGCUGGACCUCUAUACGGAGAAGGACCUGACGCUGGUCUUCGGCAGGCUCCACGAUCGGCUAAAGGGUGUUGCGCAUCGGAGGCAGAACGACAUAGGCCUGGCCAAGAAGACGGCUUGGGCGCUGUAUGACGGACGAGAAUUCGAAAGGACCAUCGACCGAAUUACAGGCUUUGUCGAUGAUUUGGAGAAGCUGUUUCCUGUGGAAGCCACCUGCCGCCGGCUGGCAGGGAUCGAAAUUGAAGAUGUCGAGGACGAGCCAACUUUGGCAGUGUUGAAGGAAGCGGCUCAGGAUACCGACAAGGCAUUGUUCGAUGCUACUGCGCAGAAGGUACAGACGAUCUCCAGUCGAAAUUUCGCCAAGGAAGUCAGGGGAGCCGGCAAUGCGGACGUCCAGGUUGGUAACCAAUACAGCGAGGAGAUGUUUCGUGGUGUUGCCAUUGCGGAGCGGACCUCAAAUUCAGCAGAAGUAGUGGACGCGAAAGACACAUCCAAAGUACAGAUUGGAGGUCGGUUCGGUGUGCGGUUCUAGCAAAUCACCUUGCCCAGACCUAAGGGACGUUCAAUUGAGACGAUUUUGCC